UGGCCUAGGAACUGUCAUGCUUGGGUUUGUAACGUUUCCCGCCGGGCGAGUGAUGCUGAGGUCUGGCCUUGGAUCCUGGGAAAAGGACGGUCCUGCUGGUGGGGGAGACAUGUCGAGUUUCUCUAAGGCACCCCAGCAAUGGGCCACUUUUGCUCGGGUUUGGUAUCUCUUAGAUGGGAAAAUGCAGCCACCUGGCAAACUGGCUGCUUUGGCAUCAGUUAAACUUCAAGGAUUGCAUAAACCUAUAUACCAUCAACUGAGUGACUGUGGGGAUCAUGUUGUCAUUAUGAACACAAGGCACAUUGCAUUUUCUGGAAAUAAAUGGGAACAAAAAGUAUACUCCUCACAUACUGGCUAUCCAGGUGGAUUUAAACAAGUAACAGCUGCUCAACUUCACCAGAAGGAUCCAGUAGCAAUUGUGAAACUAGCUAUUUAUGGCAUGCUGCCAAAAAACCUUCACAGAAGAACUCUGAUGCAGAGAUUGCAUCUUUUCCCAGAUGAGGACAUACCAGAAGAUAUUCGUAAGAAUUUGGUGGAAGAGCUUCCUCAACCACGAAAAGUACCCAGACGUCUAGAUGAGUACACGCAGGAAGAAAUAGAGGCUUUCCCAAGAGUGUGGUCUCCACCUGAAGAUUAUCGCCUCUAGGAGAAUGAAAAUUGCUGGAAAGAGCAAUGAGGUGACUGAAGCUUCUUCCCGAAGAGUCUCCCGAGCUACAGGCCGAGUGAGGCAGCUGCUGCGUUUUGACAAGAAACUUGUCAUGGGCACCGAAAGCUUGUGGAGAAAGAUCAGGAGGGGCUAAUCCUUCGAUAGAUACGUUAUUUUAUAGAAUUUUUUUAUUAUGUAGUCCAGUUUGGAUGUUGUACAUGAUGAUAAGAAUAAAAUUGCUUAGUUGUUUAA